AUGGACGCCGAUUUCCGUGCCAUGGACUCCCAGGACCACCCGGUCUCCGAGUCCAGAACUUAUACUUCCUCCGCUCAACACUCUAGUUCCAAUGGACAGAAUGAUCGCACCGAGUCCUCUACACAUCACUCCACUUCUGAUGGACAACAUCACGCCGCACUCGUCGAGGAGCCUUUCGAACAGACCGCCACUACGGAACAGGUCAAUAAUGAAACCGCGGAACCGAUCAAAUUGACUUCGACCUCUUCGUCUCUCAGCUCAUCCCUCGCAAGCGCCGAUGGCCGUUGGGGCGAGCAGGAAAAUGGCGAUCCUGUCUCCCGCCGUGGCGCAAUGGAAGACCUGGAGGAAAUGCGCCGCGAACUGACCCGUCUCAGUCUCCACCGCACCAGGUCAACCACCAAGAGUGGUCAUCGCAUGAAGUCACGCACCAGCCGCCGCGACGAAGAAAAGGGUAAAGAGGAAGAGUCCGAAGCUGAACAGGAUGACUUCGACCUGGGUGAGUUCCUCAUUGGGGGUCAUCUGGAACGCCGCACUACGGCUGGCGAGCCUGCGAAGAAGGUCGGUGUCGUCUUCAAGAACCUCACUGUAAAGGGCGUACAGACUGGCGCGUCGUUCGUGCGCACCCUCCCCCACGCCGUAGUGGGAACUUUCGGUCCGGAUUUGUAUAACUUGAUCUGUCGAUUUGUGCCGCAGUUGCACUUCGGCAAGAAGCCUCCUGUUCGUGAUUUGAUUCAUGAUUUCAGUGGUGCUGUCCGGGAAGGUGAGAUGAUGCUCGUUCUGGGUCGUCCCGGCGCCGGCUGUACCACCUUCCUGAAGGCUAUCGCCAACGACCGGGGUGCGUUUGCUGGGGUUGAAGGCGAGGUCAGCUACGGCGGUCUGUCGUCUGAGGACCAGAAUAAGCACUUCCGUGGCGAAGUCAAUUAUAAUCCCGAGGACGAUCAACACUUCCCUUCUCUCACUGUCUGGCAGACUCUGAAGUUUUCUCUCAUCAACAAGACUCGCAAGCAGGAUCGUGAAAGUAUUCCUAUCAUUAUCGAUGCCUUGUUGAAGAUGUUCGGUAUCAGCCACACCAAGAAUACGCUCGUUGGUAACGAGUAUGUUCGCGGCGUGUCUGGUGGUGAGCGCAAGCGAGUCAGUAUUGCGGAGACAUUGGCCACCAAAUCGUCCGUUGUAUGCUGGGACAACUCAACUCGUGGUCUGGAUGCCAGCACUGCCCUGGACUACGCCAAAUCCCUGCGCAUCAUGACCGACGUCAGCAAGCGUACUACCUUUGUCACUCUGUAUCAGGCUGGAGAGAGCAUCUACGAGCUCAUGGAUAAGGUGAUGGUCAUCGACGCCGGCCGCAUGCUCUACCAAGGUCCCGCCAACGAAGCGCGCCAGUACUUCGUCAACCUUGGUUUCCAUUGCCCCGACCAAUCCACCACCGCCGACUUCCUGACAUCUCUCUGUGAUCCUAAUGCCCGCCAAUUCCAGCCCGGGCGCGAGGCAUCCACCCCCAAGACUGCUGAGGAGCUCGAGAAGGUUUUCAAGAGCAGUACCUCUCACAAUUACAUUGAGGAUGAUGUCUCCAGCUAUGAGAAGCGUCUCCAAGAUACCGAGCAGGAAGACACCCGUCGCUUCCAGUCUACCGUUGCUCAGUCGAAGAGUAAGACUGUCUCCAAGAAAUCGCCCUACACCGUGUCUCUGGUGCGCCAGGUCAUGGCCUGUGUGCAGCGUGAGAUCUGGCUGCUGUGGGGUGACAAGACGUCCCUCUACACCAAGUACUUCAUCAUCAUUUCUAACGGUCUUAUUGUCUCUUCUCUCUUCUACGGAGAAGCGAUGGAUACCAGCGGUGCUUUCUCCCGUGGUGGUGCUCUCUUCUUCUCGAUCUUGUUCCUGGGUUGGCUGCAGCUUACUGAGCUGAUGCCUGCUGUUUCUGGUCGUGGCAUUGUUGCCCGACACAAGGAUUACGCUUUCUACCGUCCGUCUGCUGUUUCGAUUGCGCGCGUGGUUGUGGAUUUCCCUGCCAUUUUCUGCAUGGUCGUUCCAUUUACCAUCAUUGUUUACUUCAUGACUGGUCUUGAUGUUGAUGUUUCAAAAUUCUUCAUCUAUUUCCUGUUUGUUUAUACGACCACCAUUUGUAUCACUUCACUCUACCGCAUGUUCGCUGCUCUGUCACCGACUAUUGAUGAUGCUGUUCGCUUCGCUGGUAUUGGGUUGAAUUUGCUGAUUAUCUACGUCGGCUAUGUGAUCCCCAAGCAGAAUUUGAUCUCGGACUCGAUCUGGUUUGGUUGGUUGUUCUAUGUCAACCCGAUCUCCUACAGUUACGAGUCAGUUUUGUCAAACGAGUUCAGUGAUCGUACUAUGCAGUGUGCUGCAUCUCAGUUGGUUCCUCAGGGCCCCAAUGUUAGCCCGGAGUACCAGGGCUGUGCUCUGACUGGAUCAACUCUGGGUAGUAUUACUGUUAGUGGAUCGCAGUACUUGACCACCAACUUCCAGUUCACUCGUCACCACAUGUGGCGCAACUUUGGUGUCAUUAUUGCCUUCACUGUUCUCUACAUUUUGGUCACUGUCUGGGCUGCUGAGUUCCUGUCCUUCGGUGGUGGUGGUGGCGGUGCCUUGGUCUUCAAGAAGUCCAAGCGUGCUAAGGCUAUCGCUGCUCAGCCUAAUGGCAACGACGAGGAGAAGAUCGCUGACGCUGGUGAUAACGCUGCUCUCGCCCAGGGCAAGGGCUCUUCUGGCGAGGAUGCUACUUUCAACCGUCUGUCUGACAGUGAGCGUUGUUUCACCUGGGAAAACGUCGAAUACACAGUCCCCUACGGAAACGGAACUCGCAAACUGCUCAACGGUGUCAACGGUUAUGCUAAGCCCGGUGUUAUGAUUGCUCUGAUGGGCGCCUCCGGUGCUGGAAAGACUACUCUGCUCAACACUCUUGCUCAGCGCCAGAAGAUGGGUGUCGUCACCGGAGACAUGCUUGUCGAUGGCCACAACCUUGGUCCCGACUUCCAGCGUGGUACUGGCUUCUGUGAGCAGAUGGAUUUGCACGACCAGACUUCAACUAUUCGAGAGGCUUUUGAGUUCUCUGCUAUCCUGCGCCAGCCCCGUGAAACUCCUCGCUCUGAGAAGAUCGAGUAUGUCGACCGUAUCAUUAACCUCCUCGAACUUGAAGAAAUUCAGGAUGCCAUCAUUGGUUCUCUCAAUGUUGAGCAGAAGAAGCGCGUCACCAUCGGUGUGGAACUUGCUGCCAAGCCUAGUCUGCUUCUGUUCCUUGAUGAGCCUACCAGUGGUCUCGACAGCCAGGCUGCUUACUCCAUCGUCCGUUUCCUUAAGAAGCUCUCCCAGGCUGGUCAAGCUAUUGUCUGUACCAUUCACCAGCCUUCUUCCAUGCUUAUCCAGCAAUUCGACAUGAUCCUCGCCCUCAACCCCGGUGGUAACACAUUCUACUUCGGACCCGUUGGACAGGAGGGCGCCGCAGUGAUCAAGUACUUCGGUGAUCGCGGCUUCCACUGCCCGCCUUCGAAGAACGUCGCCGAAUUCAUCUUGGAAACCGCCGCAAAGGGAACUCAACGCAACGGCAAACACGUUGACUGGAACGAAGAAUGGCGCAACUCAGAGCAGAACCGCGACAUGCUGGCCGAAAUUGAACGCAUCCGCACAGAGCGCAGCAAAAUUCCCAUUGAGCAAUCAAAUGGCACCCAGAACGAAUUUGCCGCAUCAGCCUGGACCCAAACCACCCAACUUACAAAACGUCUCUUCAUCAACUACUGGCGCGACCCGUCCUACUACUACGGCAAACUUUUCGUCAGUGUCAUCAUCGGUAUCUUCAACGGAUUCACCUUCUGGAUGCUCCCCAACACAGUAGCAUCCAUGCAAGACCGCAUGUUCUCCGUCUUCCUGAUCAUUCUUAUUCCACCAAUUGUCCUCAACUCCAUCGUCCCCAAGUUUUAUAUCAACCGUGCCCUCUGGGAAGCAAGAGAAUACCCAUCCAGAAUCUACGGCUGGGUCGCCUUCUGCACUGCAAACGUUGUCUGCGAAAUCCCAGCUGCCAUCAUCUCAGGUCUGAUCUACUGGCUGUUCUGGUACUACCCUGUCGGCUUCCCCACCGACUCCUCAUCAGCAGGCUAUGUCUUCCUCAUGUCAAUGCUCUUCUUCCUCUUCCAGGCAUCAUGGGGUCAAUGGAUUUGCGCCUUCGCUCCUUCCUUCACUGUCAUCUCGAACGUCCUGCCCUUUUUCUUCGUCAUGGUCAACUUGUUCAACGGUAUCGUCCGUCCAUACGCCAACUACCCCGUUUUCUGGAAGUACUGGAUGUACUACGUUAACCCGACCACCUGGUGGAUGCGUGGCGUCCUCUCCGCUGUUUUGCCCGAUGUUCCGAUCGAGUGUGCCUCUGAGGAAGCAACUCACUUCAACCCCCCGCCUGGUCAGAGUUGUCAGGCAUAUGCUGGUGACUUUGUGAGCCAGCUUGCCAAGGUUGGCUAUCUUGUCAACCCGGAUGCGACUUCCGAUUGCCAGUACUGUCCUUACAAGGAUGGUUCGGAAUACAUGGCCAAUCUGAAUGUUCAUGAUGGCGACAAGUGGCGCUGUUUCGGUAUUUUCUUGGCCUUUGUCAUUAUCAACUGGCUUUUGGUUUACUUCUUCAUCUACACUGUUCGUGUGAGAGGCUGGGGAUUCGGCCUUGGAUACCUGUUUGGUGGUGCUGGGUUGAUUGUUGAUCGCGUCAAGGGUCUGUUCAAGUCGAAGAAGACCGAGGAAGCUUGA